AUGGAGGAUUUAGAAAUGAACGACAUUGUUAGUGUUUCUGCAACUGUGGGCAGUAGUCGGGGAAAUAUGUUAACGAUUUCCGAGUGGAAAAUGAAUGCCUUUAUGCAGUUAGAGCUCCAGGGUACUGAUAUCAUCCCUCAAAUACCUUUGCCGAACAAUAAGGAUAUAAAUAGUGGCGACUUAGAAAAAUGUAUGUCAGAAUUAUCAUCAAUAAGAUCGAACGAUCGCGAGAAACACUGCGUUCCGACGGUCACAAAAAUUAUAAGAUCAGAGCACCCAAACCACAAUGUAAAUUGCAGCGGCCGUAAAAUUUUUGAGGCUAAUUAUACAAAUACAAAACAAAUUGAAGAACAUUUUAAACCUGAAAUACGCGUGCGAGUAGGUGCGGUAGACGAGGAGUUCGUUGUUUUUGGCAAACGAGAGAAUAGUUAUAUAGAUCAAAACGGCAUUUUACAUUUGGUUGCCACUUGGAGUAACUAUUCAAGCAUUGUGGACCUGGGUAAAUCUUGUACGGCACUCAGGAAUAAUCGUCGCAAUAGAGAGUGCACAAUUUUACAUCAGCCCCGUAGCAGUGUCCCGGCAUUAGACUCUGCCCUGCUUCAAGGUAAGGACCACUUCAUCUUCAAGUAUGGUCGCGUUAAGAUACGUGCAAAGAUGCCCAUAGGGGAUUGGCUAGCACCAAUUCUAUGGUUAGUGCCAAAAAGUACGGAGCCCGCGCAGACAAGUCCGGAUCAUAUCAAAAUAGCAUUUACACGCGGCAAUACCUUGUUGCAGGACAGGGCUUCUAACUUUAUCGAUGGACGAGUACUAUUUGGCGGCGUUGAGAUUGCGCGGCCCGUUCAUCCGUAUAAUCCACAAGUUCAAUUUUCCACGGACGAACACUUCGGAAAGGACUUUCACGAUUUUGAGAUCAUUUGGCGGGAGGACAAGAUCAUUUACAAAUUUGACGGAAUACGGUUCGGUCACAUAGAGAGCACUGAAGUUUUGAAAACAUUUGAGGACGGGGCGUACCUUAUGGUUGGCUUAACAGCAGGAGGAAAGCGUAACUUCAAUGAAGAUGUUGUGCAUCCUGAACACAAGAAACACAUUUACAAUAACUCUGAUGCGCAUGCAAAUGAAAUAUUCAAAUCCAAUAAGAACAAAUUUGUUCACACAUGGAAGCACCCAGAACUUGAGAUCGCGUACAUCCACGUGUAUUCUACGGAUAAUCAAGAUGAGUAAAUUGACCUCAAGGUGAACAUAUGUAUGUACAUAUGCGCGUUCUGCCGUGCAUAUCUGUAUUUUCUACGGUUUGAUUCAUAUUAUAACUUUUUUAAAUUGAACAAUAUAAAUUUUAUGGAA